UUUACUGUUUUACUACUACUAGUUUCCAAGUUAAAACAAACCUCAGGGGCAGAAUUGACAUUUCACAUUGCUGUCAAACCUGCAUCGUCGUCUUUAUAAACCACCACUCUCUCUCUUUCUCUCUCUACCCUCUUUCUCUCUCUAGAAAAAUCCCCAAAAAAUUGAAAUCCAUUUUCCUUCGAAUUCGCAUGAAAUUCGGUUAACUCCGGCGACAACCAUGGCCAGAACGGUGGAGAGAGCGGCGGUGCUGGCUUUACCGACGAGCUCGAGGUCAGUGACGCACACCGUGAACGGGUCGCACAAGUUCGCGAUCGAGGGUUACUCUCUGGCGAAGGGGAUGGGAGUAGGGAAGCACAUUGCAAGCGAUGUAUUCACCGUCGGAGGGUACCAGUGGGCGAUCUACUUCUACCCCGACGGGAAGAAUCCCGAGGACAAUUCCGCCUACGUCUCCGUCUUCAUCGCGCUUGAAAGCGAGGGAACCGAUGUCAGGGCACUGUUCGAGCUCACGCUUAUGGAUCAGAGUGGUCAGGGGAAGCAUAAGGUUCAUAGCCAUUUCGAUCGUUCCCUUGAGAGCGGUCCUUAUACCCUCAAGUAUAAGCGAAGCAUGUGGGGGUACAAGAGGUUUUUCAGACGGUCUUUACUUGAGAACUCUGAUUUCCUCAGGAAUGAUUGCUUGAAAAUCAACUGCACAGUUGGAGUUGUGGUUUCCGCUAUUGAUCACCCACAGAGUCACUCAAUUGAUGUCCCAGAAUCUGAUAUGGGAUCACACUUUGGCGCACUGUUGGAUAAUAUGGAAGGUCCAGAUGUUACUUUUGAUGUAGCUGGGGAAAAGUUCCCUGCUCAUAAGGUGGUCUUGGCUGCUAGAUCCCCAGAGUUUCGAUCUAAAUUUUUUGAUGGUUUAGAUGCGGAAGAAAAGGAGAUUAUUAUAACAGAUUUAGAACCAAAGGUUUUUAAGGCCAUACUUCAUUACAUCUACAGGGAUACCCUUACAGAAGAGUUGGACAUGGUUCCAUCAACCACAUCAAAUGAUUUUCUAGUUUCUGAGACAUUGACAGCGAAAUUGUUAGCUGCAGCUGACAAGUAUGGCUUGGGAAGGCUUAGACUGAUGUGUGAGUCCCGUCUUUGCAAGGACAUUUGUGUGAAUUCUGUAACCAGCAUUUUAACCUUGGCUGACCACUGCCAUGCCACAGAGUUGAAAGCAGCUUGCCUGAAAUUUGCUGCUUUGAAUCUAGCAGGUGUCAUGAGGUCAGAUGGAUUUGAGCAUAUGAAAGAAAAAUACCCGGGGCUGCUGCCAGAGAUAUUAAAGACAGUUGCUGGCUGUGACGAUGGUAGUUGCAGCGCAGAGGAAAAAGCUCUGAGUGUGUGGGGCCAACUUUCAGAUGGUGGUGACUCAAAUGGAAGAAGGGUCAGGCAGAGAAUGUGAUAUCUGUUGUUACUACCUGACUUUGUAAAUGCAGGUGAUUUUACUGAAAAAACGGGGGAAGAGGGAAAAUCCUCUUCUUCCAACUUUUCCAUAUCUGAGUGGGAAGUCAUUUAGGAAAAGCAGAUAUAGACAAGAUGCACUGCAGGUUUUUUUUUUUUAAUGUAAAAUGUUAUCCAGCGGUGUCUGUGUUGUUAGUGCAGAGUAGCCAUUGAAAAUGCACUCAUCUGCAGUAGACUUUCGACACUAGUGCAUGUUUGGAUGUGUGCUGAGCACACUCUCCAAAGCAUGUUAGCCGAGAAACUCCAUGUUGUAGCUUAUUGACCCUCACCUGCUUUGUUCUUUGCAGACCUUAGUUCUAUACUUAUGUUUGUACAAGUAGGUUAAUUAGGAUGGUUGUUGUACCAUGUAUACAAAUAUUCAUUUUAUAUCAUGAUACACCACACAAGGUGUUAAUGAGUUUGGUGGUCA